CUCUUUUUCGAGAUUUUCCAGUGGAGUGAUUUUAACGUUUUCUGCAUCUAUUUGUCGUAUGUUCUCGGGAAAUCUAUGCGAACAAAACCUCCGUUUGUUAGUGGUGUUGCUGUUUGUUGUGGGUUCAGAUUCUUGGACCAGUUGGGUUCUUCUAGCAAUUUCUAGAUAUCCUGUGAUUGAGAUAUUUGAAUAGUUGUAGGUCUUUGUUUUUGUCCUCUAAGAUUGUCAUGGAUAAUGGGGGUACCUGUAGAAAAAAUCUGGUUCACAAUCCAUCUCCACCGAUUUUCUCACUGGCUAGUAGACAAGUUUGCCAUCCAUAUAAUUAUUUGAGGUUCCUAUCAAUUCAACUGUUCUUCGUGCUCUGGGGAGUGGAUAUUCCAAUAUUCUUGAGGUCUGAUGAUGGAUAAGAAGGAGAAGAACUCCAUCACGGUGGCUCCUUUUGAGUGUGCUUGGCUCAAGGAUUUAAGAUUUCGGGAAGCAGGACGGGGGUGUGUGGCUUUUGAAGCUUCCGCUCACAACGAUGUCACACUCGUGUUCCGAGAGAACGUGGGGAGUCAACAUUACCAUUACAAACGAGAUAUGAGUCCUCAUUAUACGGUUAUAAUAGGUAGUCACCGAAAUCGACGUCUAAGAAUUAUAGCCGAUGGGAGAACUGUUGUUGAUGAAGAGGGUGUUGCUCUUUGCAGUUCCUCAGCAUUUCAAAGCUAUUGGAUCAGUGUCUAUGAUGGUUUGAUCAGCAUUGGGAAGGGAAGAUACCCUUUUCAGAAUAUGGUCUUCCAAUGGCUUGAUACAAAUCCAAACUGCAGCGUUCAAUAUAUUGGGCUUAGUAGCUGGGAUAAACAUGUGGGAUAUAGAAAUGUUAACGUUUUGCCACUGACGCAGGAUCAUAUUUCCUUGUGGAAGCAUGUGGAUAAUGGUGAUGAAGGCGAGGACGAUGUGGAAUUGGAGUUUGAAGAUGAAUACAAAGAUUACAAGAACUGGGGCCUCGAACAUUUUCUUGAAAAUUGGGAUUUAUCAGAUAUACUUUUCUGUGUUGAUUCUGGAGAAACACUUGUGCCUGCUCAUAAAGCUAUCUUAUUUGCUUCGGGAAACUUUCCCUCGAAUUUGUCGCAAGUUGUCGUGCAGCUACAUGGAGUAUCAUAUCCAGUUCUCCAUGCUCUUCUCCAAUAUGUUUACACAGGUCAAACUGAGAUUCUGGAGUCUCAACUUGGUUCCUUGAGGGAUUUAGCCUUACAACUUGAAGUGAUAGUGUUAGUGAACCAGUGUGAUGACAUGAUGGGACAGUUAAAACUGAACAAAAAGUUGUUGGACUCGGGCAAUAGGGUGGAAUUAUCAUAUCCAAGGACUCAACCCCAUUGUACUACAGUAUUCCCCUCCGGGCUUCCACUAAACGUACAGAGGCUCAAACAAUUACAAUGUACUGGCGAGUUCAGUGAUGUGUCCAUCUAUAUACAAGGUCAUGGGUUUGUUGCCCACGUGCACAAAAUCAUUCUUAGCUUAUGGAGCAUGCCAUUUGAAAGGAUGUUUACCAAUGGAAUGAGUGAAACAGCGUCCUCUGAGGUUUAUAUUAGGGAUGUAUCACCAGAAGCUUUUCAAACCAUGCUCAAGUUCAUGUAUAGUGGAGAAUUGAGUAAAGAUAGUACAAUGGAAUCUGAUGUCUUGUUACUUCAACUACUAUUUUUAGCUGAUCAAUUUGGUGUCUCUCUUCUUCAUCAAGAAUGCUGCAAAAUACUUCUAGAAUGCCUUUCGGAGGAUUCAGUAUGUUCCAUCCUUCAAGUUGUUUCAUCAAUUCCAUGCUGUAAGCUCAUUGAAGAAACUUGUGAGAGGAAGUUCUCAAUGCACUUUGAUUAUUGUACGACUGCGAACAUUGAAUUUGUUAUGUUAGAUGAGUCAACUUUCCGCAAAAUCCUUCAGUGCCCUGAUUUGACAGUGACGUCUGAGGAAAAAGUACUCAAUGCAAUCUUAAUGUGGGGUUUAGAAGCAAGUGAAUUAUGUGGGUGGAUGGCUGUAGAUGAGCUUAUAACAUUUUCAACCCCUGAAAUCCUUUUUGGUGAGAGACUUCAAUCAGUUCAGGAUUUGCUUUCUCUCGUGCGAUUUCCAUUACUCCCAUAUGACUUGUUGAAGAAGUUGCAGAACAGUAGCAUUAGCAGGAAGAUUCGUACCUUUAAGAAUCUUGUGAAGGAGGCUAUCGACUUUGUGAAACUUGAACCAUCAAGCCUAGAGGACAAGAAGAAGAACAAUGUGAGAUUUCAACAUAGACGGUCUAGUUAUAAGGAGCUGCAGUACAUUUGUGAUGGGGACAGCAAUGGAGUUCUAUUCUUUGCCGGUACAUCAUAUGGAGAGCACCAGUGGGUUAAUCCCAUUCUUUCAAAGAAAAUUACUAUUACAACAAGCAGUCCACCUUCAAGAUAUACAGAUCCAAAGGUUCUGGUCUCGAGAACUUACCAGGGAACUUCCUUUGCGGGCCUUCGCGUGGAAGAUGGGAAAACUUGUUCAUGGUGGAUGGUAGAUAUUGGCGAAGAUCAUCAGCUGAUGUGCAAUUAUUACACAUUAAGACAAGAUGGGUCAAGGGCAUUCAUCAGAUACUGGAAUCUUCAGGGGUCAUUGGACGGGAAAACUUGGACAAACUUGCGAGUACAUGAGAACGAUCAGACGGUCUGCAAACCUGGUCAGUUUGCAUCAUGGCCAGUAACUGGACCAAACGCUUUACUUCCAUUUAGAUUCUUCCGUGUUCUUCUCACAGCCCCAACAACUGAUGCUUCGAAUCCGUGGAACUUGUGCAUUUGCUUUCUGGAACUUUAUGGCUACUUCCUCUAGAUUCCUGUAUUUGUAAAUUAUCGUGCCACCCCUUUCCUUUCGAGCUGUAAAUUAUGCGGGCAGAUGAUGCUUACUGUUUCAGAAUAAAAAUGUUUUGAGGUUUUUGUAAGCAUUGUCUAGGGCAAUGCUACUUUAAGAUGAAAUCUUCAGGAAUAAAGGGUUUUCAGAUGUAUGUUAAUGUAUGGAAAUACUGCAAUAUGUUUGGAUACGAAGAAGUAAACGAUUUUUCAGUUUUUUCUUC